AUUGCAUGUUAAUGCGAAUUUACAUCAUUUGUCCUUAUUUCACCAGUGAAUGUAUAUUUUCAGUUAAAUCCACACCAAAUUCCUUUACAAAAUGAUCCGUGUCGACAUAAAAUCGUUAUUCAAUAAAAGCAGAUUUCCAAACGAUCCAGUCAGUUUGUUUUGGAUUAUUGUCUACUGGCCUUUUGGGGUUUUGUUAGUGUUUUUAAGGUUUCAUAUUGUUUUGUGUAUUUAUAUGCUUACGAAUCUUUUGCCCAAUACUCAAACUUUGAAACAAGUCUGCUGUCGGGGCAUAUGUGGAGCUCUGGGUAUACUUAUUAGGGAACACGAAAAAUAUAAAAGAGACAAAGCACUGAAAUUAUUAAUAACAAAUCAUGUCUCGAGUUGGGAUUCAUUUGCAAUGCAUCUGGCGACAGGCAGUUCAUCGCCUUGUAAAUGGGAUUUCCCCGAAAUUCUCCUCUCCUCCAUGGGAUUACAAGAUUACACAGCCUUCGGCAGUAUAAAUCAGUGUACAAAACAUUUAUUGAAACGAGUUCCUGCUCCUGAAAUUGUACAAAGAAAUAGUACACUGGAAAGUACAGGAGUAGUGGCCCUAACUCCGGAAGGAGUCCCUACUAAUGGAAAGGCUCUGUUGAAAUUUGCAGAGUGGCCCUUUGAAUUGGGAGAGUGUGUACAACCUGCAACCAUUGUUAUCACCAGGCCAGGUAUUUGCAACCUGCAAAAUUCAGUGAUCGGUUCCUCUAGAAACUGGGACACAUUCUGGAUGAUGUUCAGCCCUUACACUAUUUACCACAUAACUUACCUAAAUCCUAUUAGAAUACCGACUGAUGCCGAAUGCUCCACAACGUCUUCCACUGAUCUCAACACCAUUCGCACCACCAAGUUUUGUGAUAAUGUUUCUACUGCAAUCGCUAAAGCACUAGGAAUUCCGAAAACAGAGUUUACAUCAGCCGAUGCAGCAGAGUACGAAAGAAGACGUUUGAUGGAAUCCAAUGUUCAAAGGAGUUGGCAACAGCAAACGCAUAUCACUCCCGAUAUUCAAAGGAUGGCCAACCAAGUGCGUGAGGUUAUGUCCACUGUGCCGAUGAAUGUUAUCAUCAAAGAUUUAGUUGUAACAAGAAGUGUAGACUUGACCCUCAGAAACAUCCUCGAAGGGCACGUCCGAUACACCCCAGAACCUUCACCAACGACCAGCGGGGCACAAUCCAGGUCACAGGCUUCAUCGAAACCUGCCCAAUCGCACAAAUCAGCCAUGUCCUUCGGUUCGAAUGACAGAUUGAGUUUCCAGCAAAGAAAACAGCAAAUGAUAAGCGAAGCCAGAGAUAGGUAUAUUAAGAAACACGGUUUGUGCUGCUAGUGAAGAAGAAAAAAUUUGAGGGAAGUUUUAUUUAUUAUACAUACUCGGAGGGUUUGUCAUGGAUUUUGUCAUGUAUGUAUAUAUUGUUGAUUUUAGAAAAUAUUGAACAUGUAU